AAACUCUACCUGGAUUUGUCACAGCAAUGCUCUCUGCUGUCUCUUCUCUUGGGCUUCCAGAUCAGCUGAGGUCUGUAUCUGUAGACCUGAAUGUUGAUCCUUCUCUCCAAAUUGAUAUACCCGAUGCCCUAAGUGAAAAGGACAGAGUGAAGUUCACUGUACAUACUAAGACUACACUGCCAGCUUUUCAAAGCCCUGAGUUUUCAGUUACAAGGCAGCAUGAAGACUUUGUGUGGCUGCAUGAUACGCUCACUGAAACUGAAGAGUAUGCAGGACUCAUUAUACCUCCAGCACCUUCAAAGCCUGACUUUGAUGGUCCCAGAGAGAAGAUGCAGAAGCUAGGGGAAGGAGAAGUGUCUAUGACAAAAGAAGAGUUUGCCAAAAUGAAGCAAGAGCUAGAAGCUGAAUACCUCGCUGUCUUCAAGAAGACUGUAUCGUCACAUGAAAUCUUCCUUCAGCGGAUUUCUUCUCAUCCUGUGCUCAGCAAGGAUCGCAAUUUUCAUGUUUUUCUGGAGUAUGACCAGGAUCUGAGUGUUCGGAGGAAAAACACAAAAGAGAUGUUUGGUGGCUUUUUAAAAAGUGUGGUAAAGAGUGCUGAUGAAGUUCUCUUCUCUGGAGUCAAGGAAGUAGAAGACUUUUUUGAGCAGGAGAAGACUUUUCUUGUAAACUACUACAACAGAAUCAAGGAUGCAUGUGCAAAAGCAGAUAAGAUGACAAGAUCUCAUAAAAAUGUUGCAGAUGACUAUAUUUAUACUUCAGCUUGCUUGAACAGCCUGGCAUUAGAAGAACCUACGGUUAUCAAAAAGUACUUGUUGAAAGUUGCUGAACUCUUUGAGAAACUCAGGAAGGUAGAGAGUAGAGUUUCAUCUGAUGAAGACUUAAAGCUCUCUGAACUGUUGAGAUACUACAUGCUCAAUAUAGAAGCUGCUAAGGAUCUUCUGUACAGACGUACAAGGGCUCUUGUUGAUUAUGAAAAUUCGAACAAAGCUCUAGAUAAAGCCAGGCUAAAGAGCAAGGACGUCAGGCUGGCUGAGGCACAUCAACAGGAUUGUUGUCAGAAGUUUGAAAAGAUUUCAGAAUCUGCAAAACAAGAACUGAUGAGCUUCAAACAGAAGAGAAUAGCAGCAUUCCGCAAAAACCUAAUAGAAAUGGCAGAACUGGAAAUAAAACAUGCAAAGGAGGCUUUGUUUUACUCCUGAAAAGGAAAAUGCUGGGAAAGCCCCUUCCCUCCGCACACCACACCUUAGCAUCUCUGCGUGUCUUCAGAGGAGAGAGCUGGGAUUUCCUGAGGACCAGAAGGGAGUUAGGUGCCUGAGCCUCACCAACGGGGACAUAGUGUCUGCCUCCCUUUGGCCUAUUUCAGUCGCUCAUCCAUUUGGUUUGUGGUAUAUUAGGAAAACCAAGCCUGUAGCAUGGGUAGAAAUUCACUUCUGACCUCUGUGGGCUUUGCACGUGGCCAGCAACAACUGGAAACAUGUUCCCUGCCUCGGUUACAGGUAAGGAGUAAAUUGCUGUGUAUUUUCUGCCCUAGCAGAUGUUUGGUGAACGUGUGCUUUUUGACAAAUGAAAACAUGGCUGGUGUCUGGGCUUGAGAUGUCCUCAGUUUCUCGGGAUGUUGUGGCAUCUUGCUGUGAGCUGCCACCACCCGCUCCAGCCAUGGCUGUGCCCGAGAUCCCCGCAGAAGCAGCGGCCACGCUUCUCCCCAGAGGGAGAAGUAUUUCAGUGCCGGGCAAGAAACCUUGUGUUAACAGCUGCCAUGCUCUGCUCUCCUCCGAAGGUUACCAAUUAAUUCCUCACAACAUGAUCCAUCUGUUCUCAGCCUGUAAGCUGCUUGAGAUAGGGGCUGUCUUUGCCAUGCAUGCUUGAGCAGUGCUGCAGAAAGGGGUCCUGGCCUCAGGCACGAUGACAAGGAGAACAUUAAACUUCUGGGGAAGCGGCUGCGAGUCCUGGCACGCCUGUAGGCUGAUGAAGCUGUCAAGGGAAAAGGAAUAUUCUUGUCCUUUUGACCACGUGCAGAAACCAUCACAACUGCAGUAGUACGUCUAGUUGGUUUAGAAAUGUUUUGCUAUCCCCUUGCGCAGCUGCUGUCUUAGCAUCUUGGGUACCGCUAAACCAUGUAGGUCUUUUUCAUGCUGGUUUUUUACCGUCAUAUUUUAAGUUUCUCAGGCUCUUUUGCUUUUCUGGAAGCAUGUUGGAGGAGCUGAGAUUUCUCUCUUCAUCUGCGUGGUCCUCAUAACCAUAUUGCAAGGCUCUGCUCUCCAGAAUGAAGUGAAGGUAAUGGUGCUGCUCAUCACAUGGCGGAUCCUGUGCCACCUCCUGUCCUUUGCGAUAUUCGUGCCCUGGGCUGGAGGCUGUGGUUUCAGGGCUCCUGGUAACCACAUCAAAAAAUAUCCCAGACCUGUGAUGCAAGGCACUAAUGACCGAUGCAAACUCACUUUUCUGGUUCAGAUUUGUUAAAUAUUUUUGGCAGGCUGACUGGAGAGCCUUGUGCCACAUCAGGAGCUGCCUGUCUCCGUGCCCCGCUAACUGCAUGUUGGACCGCGUACUGCCUCUUUUCCUGCACAAAGACAGCAUAAACUCCAUCACCAUGGCUAAUUGGGUAGAAAUUAGAUGUUCUGCUUGUGCAAAACCAAGAUGAAAUGUACGCUGUCGAGUAGUCUGGUGCACAGAUGCUAUAUUCCUGACGGUGGAAGUGUAGCCUGAGGGUUCAGAUGCCCUGCUUGGGUCUCGGCACAGCCUGCUGAGAUGGGAGACUGGGUGUAAUCCUGUCUUGGAGUAGGCAGUGCUGCUCCAUCACUGGGUCUUCUCCACUGCUGGGAGUGCAGGUGCAGAUGCUGAUGUGGCUCAGCUGAGAUGUGAUCAUCCCCUAAGUCUCCACAGUUUGUAGCAUCUGAAAUCAAUUGUUUCUUUCACUGUAAAAUUGUUGCUAUGUAAUUUCUCUUUGCAGCCUUCCAAAUAGGCACAUCUGUCAGAUUUUGAUGUUUUCAAGUGUUUUGUUAUGUGGGAUUUUCUUUUUAUUAAGAAUGGGCCUUUUACCAAACAAGCAUCUCAAUCACCAUCUCAGUUAAAAAAGUACAUCUCAAGGUCAGCUUACCUGAAGUCAUCUUGGGAAAUGUUUUAACUUAAGGAUGGCAUACAAAAACCCCCACUAUCUAUGACUGUAAAAAUGCGACCAGCUUUCAUCGCUCUCCAGGCAGUGGCAGAGAGAUGAUGUGAUCUGCUUUGCUUUCAUCCUUGGCUUUGCCUCUAUGGAUAAUUCAACCUGUAUUCAAACACUAGAAAAAAAAAAAAUACUGGGGACACCUUCUGUGUAUACAUAAAACUUGAGUCCCACAGCUUGUGCUCUGACCUUCCCUCUGCUCUCCAGCUCAGUGAUCUGGCAUGCCACAUCAUCCCAUGGGAGCGUGAGGAGGAGAGGGCAGGGGAAUCUCUUAGCAAUGUUAUGAUCAUCCGAAAGUCAGUCCCUGCAGCCAAACUUAUACCAGCGAACUCUUUGCCAGCCGCGUGGGCAGGCUUAAUGCCUAGGUCAUGUGGCGUGGAUGCAAAUUUAGUGCACUUGAAAACCGAGCUAAGCCGGAGGGCUGUACCGUAAGCCCGUGGAGACCAGCUGUUGUGGCAGCGGAUAAAGGAGUGGGAAGGAAAAAACACUCUUUCCUUGUUUCAGAGAGAGAAGAAUCUCUCCGGGUGUUCUGCGUAGGGCCCCGCCGUGCGAGGAGCUGCGGGGCUGCGUGUCAGGCUGUGGUUUGUAUCACAGGAUCAAGGUGGGAGCGACCGUCUUGGCUCUAGCCCUGAAAGGACGGAAAACCCCACGCUUUUGUUUCCCAGGGGUACCUAAUACGUGUCCUGGGCUUUCAGACCAGCCGGGAAAGUGAUAGCGAGAGGGUCCGGUGCCACCGGAGGAGCGGCUGAGGGCCACUUGGAUAUGGGAAGGGUUAAGCAGCCUGGACAUGAGGAAUGAGCUGUGGUGUUCCUUCUGUGAUUCAAAGAGGGAAAAAUGUGCCCUCCCUCUCAGAUGCUUCCUUCUGUCCAAAAAAGGCUAAAUGGGCUCAGUGAAAAACCAGCGGAGGCAUUCCUCAUAUUCUCUGGAGUAACUGGAUAUAAAAGCCCGGAUUUAAAGGGGUAGCUUGCAGAAAAUUAAAUGUGACUCUGAAAGGAAUUCACCUUCUGCAGGAAAGCUGGCUGUGGUUUCGGUAGCAAAGGAUAAGCUGGGCACUAGCUAGAGAAAGGCGAGGCUGUGUAAGAGAUGAGUAUUAACAAACACAGACGAGUCAUUAGUCAUCACAGAUUAUUAAACACAGGAGGCCAGUUUGUCGUCUUUAUUUUAUGAGGGACGGCUUACACGCACAGUAAUAACCACAGGACUCGGCUGGGUUUGCAGCAGCUCCCAAGCACACAGGUUAAUGGUAUCGACCCUGAUCCAAAACCCGUUCAUGUCAACAGGAGACUCUCCCCUGACUUGGAGCACGACCAAAGUGAGUUUAAUAAGCGAUUUUAAUAUAUCCUGUGCUCCUUCUGCAGCCAGACAGACUGCGUUGUCUUCUCCGGGCCAGGAUUGCAGGCACUUACUACACCAUUUGCUGGUGGCGGUCUGCCUGUUGUGAAACACACGUGAGGGCUGGUUUGCAAAAACACCUCCGUGCAGAAAAAGCCACCUCUGCCCCAUCACCUUGAAACCCCUCCUGGAGGUCCCUCUGCCACCCAGCAAGGAGUCACAGGGGCAAUCCGAGGCCUGAGUGAGAAGGAGGGGGAAGAAAAAUCUUUAAAAGAGAAAGGAAAAUUAAGGAAGGAGGAAGAAGGGAGGCUGAGGAUGAUUGCCAACGUCAACAUGACAUGGAAGGGAAGGUUCUCUGGCUGACAGGCACUGUGUUGCGGUCCUUCCUUCCUACCUCCAGCCAGCCGGAGAUGAGAACAGCAUGGGGCACAUCUUCACGGCGGGUGAAUUGCUGCCUCCCCCUUCCAUCUGGACCAGAGCUGGAGAGAGGUCCACCCUGCUCUGCUCGUGGCCCAAAAGCGGGAUUUCAAGAAGGCUGGGCUCUGAACAGGGCUACCCUUGUUCUAGGGAAUGAGCAGGAAGGUCUCUGUAGGCCAAGGAUCCUAGUCAGGCUGCUCAUAUCGGCUACUACGGAAAAGAGUAGGGUGAGGUCUACCGCAUGUCAAGCUUUGCUAUCAGGCAGACAUUGGACACAUGUCCCAUGAGACUCUGCAACCCUCCGGGGGGGAUGAUGGCUUCUUUUCAGAUCCCGGUUCUGCUUGAGGUGGAUUUUCCCACUCCCAUCAGAGUGCCUGAGCUGCCAAAGAGGUCUUGGUUGGCCAGAGCAUCCCUAGCGAGCAUGGUUGAGACUGCAUGAAAAGUAAAGAUUAGGGGAGAAAGUAGGGGAAGAAGGAAAACAUUCAAUAUGGGGGCUGGAGGAGGUGCUCUGGGGCAUGAAGAACGUUUCGGUCACUUUGGGGGAGAUUUUCUUAUUUCCCUUGGGCAGAAUGACUUUCUGGGUGAGUGGGAUGCAGAAGACCAGGUUUCUUCAUCCCUGAAGCCAGGGCUGACUUUGCUUCGAUGCUUAUGUCUAGGAGAGAGGUCCCAGCUGGGUAUCCUGAAGAGAGACAGCCAGGGCGGGGGGGAACGGUGUCCCUCCUUAGCUGAUAACUGCCUUUGUGAGAUAAGGAUUAAGCUCUUCACCUUGGUGGCUUCUGCAAAUGCCAAACCUGGGCAGCUCAUUCUCCCUUGCAGUGCCUGAACAGAAACGUUGUAGUUUCUCAGCAUCAAACCUAUGUCUGUUGGUGGCUUUUACCUUGCAAAACUUGGUCGCUUGUGCAGGAAGCCAGACCCAGGGCUGCCGAGCUGUAGGUCCUUCUCCGCUACCUGCUGGCAAAGUAUAGUUUUUAGGGGGGUGUGAUGGAGCAGGGUCUUCGUGCUGAAGGGUCCUACUGGAGCAUCUCAGAAGGGUUGCAGUCCUUCGGUCACUUUGCAUACAGCUUGCAGAAGCCUUGGGAGCAGACUGCAUCCACCCGACGUAGGGAGUGCUCUCUGUCCUGGCUCCUGCACGCUCGCUAAUUGGUCCUGACAUCUUGACGAGGACUUCGUGCGAGGCUGUCGGGAGCGGUUACUGAUGCUUGGCAGUGCUUCCAUGCCGUGAAGGCUGCAGGUCGGGUCCUCGCAGGGGGCUCAGCCGGGUGAGGACCGUCAGGGUGUCAGUGCCUGGCAGUUCCCUGAGCAGUUUCCCAUCCGACUUCUGUGUUUAUUGUGUGCCUGGAAUUUAAUAUAUAUGCAAGCCCGUUUCUAAGGAGAGGUGUUAAAAGUUACUCCCCUGAGCAGCAGUGGUUGGCUUGACUUUUUAUUACUGGGGAAAGGAAAGAAUUGCCACCAAAAUCAAGUAUUUUUUAAUGUAAACUUGAUUACCAAGUGCUUACCUGGUGCAAGUUUAAACCACCUGAGCAACCACCCUGUCUCUCUUCCCUAGCAAGUGCCUGGCUCUAAGUAGCAUAGACCACCCUACAAAAUCUCCUAGAUCAUUCCUAUUUGGUGAAGCGUUGCCCAGAG